UCGAAGGGAUCUGGCUAUCAACGUUGCUUUGCCGUUAACCGCAGUUUCAUUCAAGAUUUUCUCGAAAAAUUGACAAGUGUCCUCCACACACUCACAUUUUCCCAGUAGAGACGAAGCGACGUCGCAGCGAUGACGGGUAUCAUUUCCAUAAUAACGAGGCGGCUGCCAAACAGUGUCCAAACCAUUGGCCUGCGCGCCGUGCGGAGUUCUGAACUGAAGCGCUGCCUGCGACAGUAUUCCCGUCUUGUUGCCGUGUCUGUGGCCAGGCAGCAGCAACUCCUCAACCAAGAUGCCAAUCUACGCUGCCAGGAAGUCCCGCGGGCCAUUACAUGGCAGGGCUUCCACACCACCUCGCACCUGUGGCAAGAGCAGUCGGUGAAAGUGCCACCAUUUGCCGACUCGAUCGCCGAGGGCGACAUCAAGUUCACAUGCAAGGUGGGCGACUCUUUUGCCCAGGACGAGGCGGUUAUGGAGAUCGAAACCGACAAGACGACGGUGCCAGUGCCAGCUCCGUUUGCCGGCCAAAUCACCGACAUUCUGGUCAAGGACGGGGACACCGUCAAGCCUGGCCAGGAGCUGUUCAAGAUGAAGCCGGGUGCGGCUCCUGCUAAGGCGGCGGGUGCAGCCGCACCAGCUCCCGCUCCAGCUGCCCCCAAGCCAGCUCCUGCUGCCGCCGCUCCUAAACCAGCUGCGCCAGCACCAGCUGCUGCCCGGCCGCCACCACCGCCACCAGCGGCUGCUCGUCCGCCACCACCACCACCAGCGGCUCGUCCGCCACCGGCUGCUCCUCGAGCUGCCGCUCCUCCGCCAGCUGCCCUCGCUCAGGUAAAGCUGCCGCCUGCAGAUGGCACCCGCCAGAUCCUAGGUACCCGCUCCGAGCAGCGCGUCAAGAUGAACCGCAUGCGCCAGAAGAUUGCGGCUCGCUUGAAGGACGCCCAGAACACCACAGCAAUGUUGACCACCUUCAACGAGAUCGACAUGAGCUACGCCAUGAACUUCCGGAAACAAAACCUGGACGCAUUCGUCAAGAAGUAUGGCAUCAAGCUGGGCUUCAUGUCCAUCUUCUCCAAGGCCAGUGCCUAUGCGCUCCAGGACCAGCCCGUGGUGAACGCUGUCAUCGAUGGCACGGACAUGGUUUACCGCGAUUAUGUGGACAUCUCGGUGGCCGUGGCCACACCCCGUGGACUGAUGGUUCCCGUCAUCCGGAAUGUGGAGAGCAUGAACUAUGCCGACAUUGAGAUUACAUUGGCCGGUCUGGCCGACAAGGCCAAGCGCGACGCCAUCACCGUAGAGGACAUGGACGGCGGCACCUUUACCAUCAGCAAUGGAGGAGUUUUCGGCUCCCUGAUGGGCACGCCCAUCAUCAAUCCACCUCAGAGUGCUAUUCUCGGCAUGCACGGCAUCUUCGAGCGUCCCAUCGCCGUCAAGGGAGAGGUCAAAAUUCGUCCCAUGAUGUAUGUGGCGCUGACCUACGAUCACCGGAUCAUCGAUGGACGCGAGGCCGUUCUGUUCCUGCGCAAGAUCAAGGCUGCCGUGGAGAAUCCUGCAAUCAUCGUCGCCGGCUUGUAGAGAGAGAGAGAGAGUAGAGUGCAAUAUUGUCAAGUGCGUCCACGCUUAUCCGUUGAUAUUAGUCGUCUCCGCAAUACGAAGCUCCCUUUCGGUUAUUUAUUAUCUUAUUUUCGCCAAGGUCACAAAACGAUUUCAAAUUGCAUUCGAUAUGCACCAUCAGAAUUAGUCGAAAUAAAAAAUGGAAAAAGUGGAUUUGUUUUCUAAACACGCUGUUUGCCUAUCCCUACACUCUUGCACUCGCACUUUGUUCCCAAACAUUUGAUGUUUAUCCAAGAUGCUGAAAUGCAAUAAUGUAAUAAAAAGCGAUCACGAAUAUC